AGACCCAAAUGUGCAACUCCAUUGAUGAGAUUAAGGUUCAAAUUCUUUGUGAUAAAAAAGGAGUUGGGACAAAGGUAAUCAAUGCAACCACACAAACAGAGAAAUAUGAAGCAAGCAGAGGCAAAAACACUAGAAGACUGUCAUGGGAGGAGUACUAAAAGAACACUGCGAACACAUCUGGAAGGAAACUAAGGAGUUGACCGAUCAUUUCCCUUAUAACUGCCAAGAAAGCACUUUGAUCAGCUGAUCAAGAAAUAACGGUCAAGACCUCUCAAAGGAGCAUCUACACUGUGCAGCCUGCCUUCGAAAACUUGAAGGCAAGGAGUUAGGCCAAAGGAGCGUUAAAAAGGCCUGGAGCUGAGGCUUCCAACAAGUUAACAUGAGGGUCAAGUGGCUAUCACAUCUGCCACCCGAAGUUUGGGUCAUGGUGUUCAGCUACCUGAGCACACAGGAAAAGCACAGGGUACGCUGCUGCUGCAAAGUCCUCAAAAAGCUGAUUGACCACCCAUGCCUAUGGCGGAAUCACAUGGUGGUCCUAUCCAACUUUCCACGCUACACAGCUGGAUUCUGGGACACACUAAAGUAUCGCAGGGUGACCCAUGUUGCAGUGCAACGUUUGAGGCCCAAAGACUGGAAACACCUUGUGAAGUCCCUCCCACGGCUCACCACUAUUGUCUGCACGGAGGCACAGCAGCAUUACAAGAAGAAAAAUGUGGACAACCUGCCUGAUUUCCCCAACCUGAAGACUCUCGGGAUACGAAACGCCACAUGGAGCGAGCCAAUGCUACAGCAGUGUCAGACUGGGCAGCUAGCAGAGCGGCUGACUCACCUGAGUGUGUGUAACAUCCAGCUGCCAAGCACUGCUGAGUUCGUAAACAGCGUGUCACGCUUGUUCAAUCUGGAAUAUUUGCUGUUUCACCAGCAGGCUGAAGCAAAGCUGCAGGUGGUGGCACCAGUGCCAUCUAAGGCCUUCCAUAACUUGCUAUUGAACCUAAAGAAGCUGAAACACUUAUCCUGGGAGAUUACAGAGAACCCAGUGCCACUGCCCGACGACUACUUUUAUCCCCCAGACCCAGAAGACCCAGAAGCGUACGGUGGCCCAGCACUGACUUCUCUGGAGUUGGUGAAUUACCCAGAAACCAUGCUGUCUGAGAACGCGCUGAGGGGACUGACCUCACUGAAGUCACUGACUGUUCGCUAUAGGUACCUAAAAGUUGGCGUCAAAUGUCGUCUAGAGUCCUGGCUGAGUUAUCUGUAUCAGCUAGAAUCACUGGAAAUCAUUGGUGGGAAUCCUCUUGCUUUCUAUACAACCAUUUUUCCACCCCGUGUGACCAGGCUGGUGCUGAGAGUGAUCAUAUCACUCAAGGAUUUAUGCUUCAUCGUGAAGAAAGUCAAGAAACUUGAGCACCUCGACAUGCAUCAGAACCGCUUCUCCGGCAGUCUCUGCAAAAAGCUUCCCUCACUAUUUCCUCAGCUCAAGACUCUCAGGAUACGAUAUUUCCUUGAGGAACCAAAAAGUGACCUCCUGCUCCUCAGCAAUCUCAAACACCUCGAGCAGCUGGAGCUGAUCGUGGAGCGCUCGUACAUUCUCAAAAGUGACCGCAACGACCACCCCUGGCCGAGUCCGUCUUUGCAGGAGCUGAUCAGAGAGCUGCAGGAGCUGUCCGAGAACAGGAUCAACAUCAUCACCACAAUGCGACAAAGAAACCUUUUUCAAGAAUGUGAUUGUGUUUGGGAAGGGGAGUAAAGACACCGCGGUUAAGCCGCAGGUUGCCAAAUGAAGCUGAAUGAUAGACACUGACAUUCAGACAACACUGUCAUCUGAUGUCAACCAGACUCGGAGACACUACAGAGAUUGUUUUCUUUUUCCCACAAAGUCUUAUGUUUUCAAACUGUUGCAACAUCACGCUCACUAUAAUCUGAAUUCUGACACGAUCAUACAAUCAUACACUGAUGUCUGUAACCCAGCGGCAGCCACAGCAGCACAACGCAGUGUUACAUGUUACAAAAAUCUAGAUUUGCACAACCGGCCGAAGCAACACCAGUGCGCGAUAGUGGAUGUGACAUGUGAGCUUUAAACCACCCUUAACAGGCGGGACCCUAAAUGUGAGCAGUCUGAAAAGUCUUGAGAUGUAUAUUUCAAAGCCAACAAAAAAGCCACAUUACUGCAGAGGAGUUAUUGAACUGUUGGCCUAAUCAGAAAGCUUUUUCCGGUGCAUGAGGAGGUGAAUUUACAUGAGUUGUGUUGUAGAUCUUUGUAGAGGAUUAUAAUCUUUCUAGAUUUACAUGAAUUGUAGAUCAGUUUCCUUAAAUCUAAUUUUGUUUUUGCGUUUACGGUCAUUUAAGGUAGUUUUCUUUUUUCUUAAACGGGGAGAAAUGAUAGAUCUGUUUGCAUAUUGAUUUUGCUCUGGCUGAUAUUUUUUAUUUUUUAUUUUUAAUGAACUGGAAA